AUGCAGGGGACCUGCAGGAUCCUGUUCUCGCACACGUGCAGCACCAGCUUCCUCUGGAUCUUCAUCGGCUUGAAUGUGAUUAAGGUGGCGGGGUCCCAGCAAGGGAUCCCUCUGUCAGUUGUGAAGCUUUGGGCCUCCGCAUUUGGUGGGGAAAUUAAAUCAAUUUCUGCAAAAUAUUCUGGAUCCCAGCUACUGCAAAAGGAACUGUGGUCCAUCUCAGCGCCACGUGCAGGGACCAACUCCAGUUCUGAUGGUAGUCCUUCAGUCAAGGGAAAUAGCAGGAUUAAUCCUAAAAACUCAGCUGCUUGUCCUGGAAUGUGGGAAGAAAGCGGAGUAACCAGAGGAAGUCCACGCAAAUAUGGGGAAAGCGUGCAAACUGCGUUCAGAAAGCGGCUCCAGGCUCAAAACCCCGGACCUUCUUGCCCUGAGAAAUCUAAAGAAUUUGAGAAGUCAGUCAGAGUGGAAGAGAUUGAUGGAGUAAAACUGGUGAAAAAUCUGGCUGUGAAGAUGGCAGAAAUGUUCCAGAAAAAAGCUGAAGCCACAAGGCGGCUGGUGGAGGCUGCAGAAGAAGCGCACCAUCAGCACGAGGAUAAUCCCGACCUGCAGUAUGAGUACUUCAAUGCUGUGCUGAUAAAUGAAGUGGAUGAAGAAGGCAAUAACGUGGAGCUGGGUGGAGAGUUUAUCUUGGAGCCCAAUGACCAUUUCAACAACCUUUCAGUCAACCUGAGCCUCAGUGUUGUGCAGGUCCCCACGAACAUGUACAACAAAGAUCCUGAUAUAGUGAACGGGGUUUACUGGUCUGAGGCCCUGAACAAAGUGUUUGUAGAUAAUUUCAAAAGAGAUCCAACACUUAUCUGGCAGUACUUUGGAAGUGCCAAAGGUUUCUUCAGGCAGUACCCUGGAGUAAAGUGGCAUCCAGAUGAACAUGGCGUCAUUGGCUUUGACUGCAGAAAUCGAAAGUGGUACAUCCAGGCAGCUACCUCUCCAAAAGAUGUUGUAAUUUUAGUUGAUGUGAGUGGAAGUAUGAAGGGGCUGAGACUGACCAUUGCCAGGCAGACUGUUUCCUCCAUAUUAGACACACUGGGCGACGAUGACUUCUUCAACAUCAUUGCAUACAAUCAGGAGAUCCACUAUGUGGAGCCUUGUUUGAAUGGCACGCUGGUGCGGGCUGAUAGAAACAAUAAAGAUCAUUUCCGUGAACAUCUGGACAAGCUGUUUGCCAAAGGGAUCGGGCUGCUGGGUGAAGCUCUGUCCGAAGCAUUCACAAUUCUGAAUGAUUUUAAUCAGACUGGACGGGGCAGUGUGUGCAGCCAGGCCAUCAUGCUUGUGACUGACGGGGCAACAGAAAUGUAUGAUGAUGUUUUUGAGAAGUACAAUUGGCCGGAAAGAAAAGUGCGGAUAUUCCCUUACCUGAUUGGACGAGAGUCUGCAUUUGCAGAUAACCUCAAAUGGAUGGCUUGUGCCAACAAAGGAUACUUUAGUCAGAUCUCCACUUUAGCUGAUGUUCAGGAGAACGUGAUGAGGUAUCUACAUGUCAUGAGCCGCCCAAAGGUUAUUGAUCAUGAGCAUGACACAGUGUGGACUGAAGCUUACGUGGACAGUGCUCUUUCUCUUGCUUAUAAGCUCAAUGACAAAUCAGGCCCAUCUCUGACAACUACAGUCGCUAUGCCAGUUUUUAGCACAAAGAAUGAAACGAAGAACCAGGGUAUUCUGUUGGGGGUCGUAGGAACAGACAUUCCUCUGCAGGAGUUGAUGAAGCUCAUCCCAAAACAUAUGUUAGGGAUCCAUGGAUACGCAUUUGCAAUUACAAACAACGGCUACAUACUGAUACAUCCAGACCUCAGGCCUUUGUAUCAGGAGGGUCAGAAGAGGAGGAAGCCCAACUACAGCAGUGUGGAUCUUUCUGAGGUGGAGUGGGAAGACAAAGAUGACAUUCUACGCAAUGCUAUGGUGAACAGGAGGACGGGGACUUUCUCUAUGGAAGUAAAGAAGACAGUGGACAGAGGGAGGCGUGUACUCAAAAUGCACAAUGAUUAUUAUUACACUGACAUCAAAGGAACUCCAUUCAGUGUCGGAGUAGCUCUCUCAAGAGGUCAUGGCAAGUACUUCUUCAGAGGAAAUGUAUCCGUUGAAGCAGGGCUCCGUGAUUUGGAACAGCCAGAUGUCGCCCUGGCAGAUGAAUGGACCUAUUGCAACACAGAGGAGGAGCAUGAGCACCGCCACCUGACCCAGAUCCAAGCCAUUAAGUUCUUCAUGACAGGCCGCAGACCACACCUUAAAUGUGACAGAGAAUUAAUUCAGGAGGUGUUAUUUGAUGCUGUGGUCACUGCUCCACUAGAGGCCUACUGGACUGGACUGGCUCUCAACAAGUCAGAGAACUCAGACAAAGGAGUAGAGAUUGCUUUUUUGGGUACACGUACUGGUCUGUCGAGAACCAACCUGUUUGUACCAGCCGAUCAGCUUUCCAACCAAGACUUCCUGACAGCGGAGGACAAGGAGGGAGUGUUUAAUGCUGAUCACUUCCCUCUGUGGUACAAGCGAGCAGCAGAACAAGUUCCUGGUACAUUUGUCUACUCCAUCCCCUUCAGCACAGCUUUAGAAAACAAGAGUGUGGUUUUGGCCAGCACGGCUAUUCAGCUCCUCGAUGACAGAAAGUCUCCAAUUGUUGCUGCUGUCGGGAUCCAAAUGAAACUGGAGUUUUUUCAGAGAAAGUUCUGGACAGCCUGUAGACAGUGUACAGCUUUGGAUGGAAAAUGUAGCAUUAGCUGCGACAGUGAGGAUGUUAACUGCUACCUCAUUGACAACAACGGCUUUAUUCUUGUUACAGAAGAACAGUCCCAGACAGGACUGUUCUUUGGAGAGGUGGAAGGUGCUGUUAUGAACAAACUUCUUCAAAUGGGGUCCUUUAAAAGGAUCACCCUGUAUGACUACCAGGCUCUUUGCAAAGAGUAUACUGGCAGCAGCGACAGUGCAUGCACUUUAUCAGAUCCUUUUACUGUGAUGAAGUGGCUCCUGACUGAACUUGUCAUAUUUCUGCUAGAGUUCAACUUGUACAGCUGGUGGAAUGUUGACGUUUCAGUUAAAGCUCAAAGAUCUCGGGGUAAAACCACGAUGGUACCAUGUGAUACAGAAUAUCCUGCCUUCGUCUCUGAGCGCACCAUUAAAGAAACAACGGGCAACAUUGACUGUGAUGGCUGUGUUAGAUCUUUUGUCAUACAGCAAAUUCCCAGCAGCAACCUCUUCAUGGUUGUUGUAGACAACAGGUGUGACUGCAGCAAUGUUCCUCCAGUAACCAUGGAUCCCAUUGAGAUCAUGUACAAUGAGUCACUAAAAUGUGACAGACUGAAGUUUCAGAAGGACAGAAAGAAGCCUGAAUCAUGUCAUCCUUUCCACCCUGAGGAAAACGCCAUGGAGUGCGGUUCAGCAACACGCCUCUCUGGCCCUCUAACAGCAGCACUGCUGCCUCUGAUAGCAGCAACUAUCAGCAGGUGACCAUGAGCAGAGAAGCUGGACAUCGGCUUAGAAAUGCAUAGAGAACAUGUCCAAUCAGAUAAGAAUUUUGCCACACUUCUGCAGCAAGCAUAACUCUACUGAGACAAAGUCUUUAACAGUAGCUCUGAGACCCACAUCCAUUAAUGCAGAAAACACAGUUAUAUGAGAAUAAUGGGACUGCUUGGUGUCUUUGCUCAGUGUAUUGUAGAUCACUCCACUGACAGUUUGUCACAUUGUUCUGAAUGCGUGCUGAGUAGUGUAAGAGAAACAGAAAGCCAAAUAAGUAGUGCGCUUUCUUGUCAAAGUUUGAACAAGUCCGUUGUGCAAAGGCUGAUAGUAAGAUGUUAAGUGUUUGUUUUUUGUUG